AUGAACCGGCAAUUCAGCUCCAGAUCAUUUUCAACUGGGGGAAGGAGGGGCUACUCUGUCUCCAGCAGUGGCUUCCGAGUGGGCAGCAGCUCAUCCUGUCUCGUACCAGUCGGAGGAGUGGGAACUUAUGGUGGUGGCUUUGGCAGCAGAAGUCUCUACAACCUUGGUGGAAGCAAGCGGAUUUCUUUUGGCCUAGCUUCCGGUGGUGGUGGAGGAGCUCACUUUGGAAGAAGCUUGGGUGGUGGUCUGGGAUUCAGCAGUUAUAGCACAGGAUAUGGAGGUUUGGGUGGCGGGGUUGCCCUUGGCAGCGGCAUUGGUCUGGGCAGUCACGUUGGAGGCUUUGGUGGUGGUGGUGGUGGAGGAGGAUAUGUACUUUCAGGCUCAGUGCCUUGCCCACCACCAGGGCGAAUCCACAAUGUUAUAGUGAAUAAGAACUUACUGACUCCUCUGCAUGUGGAGGUCGAUCCUGAGAUUCAGAGGGUUCGGGUACAAGAGAGGGAACAGAUUAAGACCCUCAACAACAAGUUUGCCUCUUUCAUCGACAAGGUGCGAUUCCUUGAGCAACAGAAUAAAGUUCUGGAGACCAAAUGGGAUCUUCUGUACCAACAAGGCUCUCCAGCCCUAAGAGACAAUCUUGAACCUAUUUAUGAGGCUUACAUUGAAACUCUCCGACGGCAGCUUGACAGCCUCUGCAAUGAUAAAAAUCAUUUGGACAUAGAACUGAAGAACACGCAAGAGCUUGUGGAGGAUUUCAAGAACAAAUAUGAGGAUGAAAUUAACAAACGGACAGCUUGUGAAAAUGAUUUUGUGGUGCUCAAAAAGGAUGUGGAUGGCUCAUAUAUGCAUAAGAUUGAUCUGGGAUCCAAGGCUGAUUCUUUGACUCAACAUAUCCAGUUCUUAAGAGCGCUCUUUGAUGCGGAGCUGGCUCAGCUGCACUCACAGGUUAAGGAGACCAAUGUCAUUCUGCAAAUGGACAACAACCGAGAUCUGGAUCUCAACAGCAUCAUUGCUGAAGUCAAAGCUCAGUAUGAAGACAUUGCUAAUCGAAGCAGAGCCGAGGCAGAGGCAUGGUACCAAAGUAAGUUCCAAGAGUUGCAAACUACAGCUUUCAAGCACGGCGAUGACUUGAAAUCAACCAAGGAUGAGAUUGCAGAUAUGAGCCGGGUGGUCCAAAGACUUCGCUCUGAAACUGAAAUUGUGAAGAAAGCAAUUAACAGCCUGCAGUCCGCCAUAGCAGAAUCUGAGCAACGUGGGGAGCUAGCCUUGAAAGAUGCUCGGGCAAAGCUGCUUGACCUGCAGACCGCCCUAACAACGGCAAAGGACGAGCUGGCUCGCCUGCUGCGGGAUUAUCAAGAACUGUUGAAUGUGAAACUGGCCUUGGAUGUUGAGAUUGCUACCUACAGGACACUGCUGGAGGGAGAGGAGAGUCGGUAA